GUCACUUGUUUUUGCCAAAAUCAGCUGUCGGCUGCAGUUUGAUUUAUUCCAAAAUGGAAAACAUUACAAAGAUCUGGUUGGGCCCGCUGCCCGAGGAUUCGCCCUAUGUAAAACCGUUUCGUAUGUAUUACGUGCAAAAUGGCGUCGAAAAGAACUGGGAUCUAUUGAAAGUGCACGACAGCGUUGCGAUUGUCUUAUUUAACACAACGCGCCAGAAACUUGUGCUGGUGCGUCAGUUUCGACCGGCAGUCUAUCACGGUGUGAUUGCCAGUGAGGAGGGUGGUUUCGACAAGGUCGAUCUGAAGGCUUUUCCGCCUUCUAUUGGCGUAACCUUGGAAUUGUGCGCCGGCAUUGUGGAUAAGUCGAUGAGCUGGCAGGAAAUCGCUCGCGAGGAGGUGCUGGAGGAGUGCGGCUACGAUGUGCCCGUGGAGCGCAUCGAGCAAGUCAUGGUCUAUAGAUCUGGUGUGGGCUCGUCGGGCGCCAAGCAGGCCAUGUACUACUGCGAGGUGACAGAUGCGGAUAAAGCGCACGGCGGCGGCGGCGUCGAUGAUGAAUUGAUUGAGGUGGUGGAACUGUCUCUGGAAGAGGCCAAGCGUAUGGUGCAGCAAGGCGCCGUCAACAAUAGUCCGCCCAGUUGCCUAAUGGGCCUUAUGUGGUUUUUCGCCAACAAGGCGCCCCCAAGCGCUUAGCCCACUGCCCCCCGCCGUAUAAUCGCGUAUUUCUGUUAUCUAACUGAUAACUACUUCACAACGGUAAUCCGCUGGGCAGCUGCAGACGAUUAAUGUACGCAAACAAGAACUUCACAUGCUUUCCAUCACAUCGGUUAACACGCGUAGCGUAACUAAAUUUCGAUGCCUUUCGAGUCUACACAUAUAGUACAUACAUAUAUAUUGCUUGUCUGUAUAUAUUAUAGAUAUUUCGUUUAUCAUUUGUUUGAGAAUAAAGAGCAUGAGCUCUAGCUGCGAGACGCAA